AUCUGAAUCUCGCUUGCACGUUGGAAUCUCUCCUCUUCUCUGAAAGUUUUCAAUCAAAAUGAAUUAAUUUAUUCAAGUAUUUUUUUUUUAAUAUAAAAAGAAUUUAGAUAGAAAUUUAUUUAACAAAGCUUUCUGAAAUUUAUAAUAAAUUGUUAAAAAUUACAUUUCAAAACUCGAUUAUAUAGAUAGCACAAUCUUUAAACAAUGAUCAGUAUAUAUGAUGUAGAUGCCGAUAUUAUCUCUAAAGUGCUUCCUUGUUUACCAGUAUUGUUCAGAACCGGUGCGAAAAGCAGAACGCCACCCUCCCAAACCACAGAAUCCCUUUCAGAACACAUUUCUCUGCAACCACAUGUUCACCGUAGCUUAAUACGUUUGAACUUAUUAUGAGAAAUUUGAAAGUGCGUGGUGGAAAAAAUGUUUGUAAGACCAGGCAUUUAAAAGAUUUUUACAGCACAGUAAACGUCCAUCAGUUUACAUCUGGUAUAAGAAUGGGAAAAUAUUGUUAUGAUUUAGUGAUCAAAUGCAUUGCAAGUCACCGCUAUGAAGAAGCAAUUAAAUUGUAUUGGAUACUUUGUCACGAUAAAACCAUUAUAGAUCAUGCACGAUUCAAAGUUGGAAUUAUACUUUUAAUGAAUAUGGAGAUUAAGGAUAAGAAUGAUUGCUUAUUGAGUUUUUUUCGUUCUAUGCUAAAUGCCCUUCACCUAAACAUGAAUGAAGUUUUGCUUGAAUUUAUAAUGUGUGCAUUUAAAUGUGAAAUUCCAGAAAUACAAACACAAGUGAAGGAAUUUAAAAAUAGGAAAAUAUUGAGUACAUAUAAAAAACAUGACAAAGACUCAAUACUUGAUGCUUACAUAGUUCUUCUGGAAUGGUGUAAUAGUUUUUCUGGUGAUAUGAACAGAUCUCAAAGUCAAACAAAUAAAGAAGUUACCAAACUGAAAAAAUAUACUGAAGAUUCAGAUAUGUUCAUUUUACAAUUAAUUAAGCUAAUAGAAUUAUGUGAUAGACAAUAUGAAAUAGAAAAUGAGCUUCAAAACUAUGUUGAAAGUAAUCCUGAUAAUAUUAAUGCUCUUAUAUAUAUUUGUACAUAUCUCUACCAUAGACAUCCAAAUUCUGACAACUUGAUUAACUAUUUAGAGAUUUUAGCUGAGAAAUGUAUAUCAGAUGUUAGAACUUUAUGGCUCAUUGAAAUUUGGCAGGAAAAAGGUGUGAGUUCAUUAAAAAUUCUGAACUACUGUUUUAUGUUUCUUGAUUAUCCAACUAACGGAGAAAAUAUUAAAGCUUGGAAAGCACUGUGGAAAAAUUUGACUGAAGCUCAACAAGAUUGUUCUAUAGGUGAUUUUGAAAUUUAUUCACUUUGGAAAUCAAGAAGGAGAUCAUGGAUGUGGAUGUAUUUUAAUCCUCAAAAGCUACCAGUUACACAAUCAAAAGAUAAACUUAUUGCUUAUAAAGUAGCAUUUUUGUUAAUGUUUUCAGAUGGGAAGAAAUAUAUUAAGAAAGUUUUUAAAUACCAUCCUGCUACCUUUGAACUGGGUGAAUCACUAAAAAAUUUUACCUGUGUUGAUGAUCUACAAUUUAUUAAAUAAAGAUACAAAAACUCAA